ACAAGAUUUUUGUACAAGUAAAAAUAUUUUUUCCAAAAACAAAAUCAUCUAGUCUAGUCACUGCUUCAGUUAUCUUUGAAGAUAGAAAAGACUAUGACUUAGAUCGGUUAGAAAUAGUCUCUGGAUCAGAUUAUAUAUCAACAUCCAUAUGAUUUAUUUCAGAAUACAAUCGGUUAUUGUUUUGUUCGUAUUCCCUUGAAAUCAAUUUUUGCCAUUUCUCUAUCUCACUGUACGGUGUGUCUGUCAACAUUUUCAUCAUCGUCUAUUAUCUAUUUUUUUUUCUAGAUGUGUCCGAGUUAUAUAUUUGCCUGAAAUGGAUGUGACUCUUUCUUUUGUUCGAUAUAUCUGUCUGUGUAAAAAAUGGCUGUGUUUUUAAAAAUUGUUCCAAGAUCAUCAUCAUCAUCUGUUGUCAUCGUCGGUGAUUCAUUAAUUAAUCAAUCAAUCAAUUUCGGAUAUUAAAUAUGAUCCAAUUUCAAACAACAACAACAACAAAAUUCCAGAAUCAUCGAAAUAACAGUAUUCUAAAGUGAUCAAUUUAUUGCUUUUCAAUCGAUUGAAAUUAGAAAAAAAUGCUUAAAACAUUGACAAGAAAAAUAUCCAAUUUUGGAACAUUUAGUUCCACAUCAUCGUCAUCGUCAUCGUCAUCGUCAACAUCAUCAUCGACCACUGAUUCAUCAUCGAUUGAUCAAUCAACGGUGACACCAAUGUUAUCAUCUAUUAAUGGUGAUGAUCAAAUGACAAUUACACCACCAUCAUCAUCAACAGAGUCCUCGAUGAUGGAAGCGACACCACCAUCAUCAUCAUCAAUGAUGACAGCUGAAUUUUAUCAUUCAAAAAAAGCAAAAUUCAAUGUAAUUGCCCGACAUAAUUACCUACCAGUUAAUGAUGAUACAGAUUUAGCAUUAAUUAAGGGUGAAAAAUAUGAAAUUCUUGAUUCAACUGGUGAUUGGUGGAUGGCACGUGAUUCGUGUGGCCAAUUGGGUUUAGUGCCACAUAAUUAUCUGGAAAUAAUUUCCAAAGAAACAACUAAAAAACAACAAUUAAUGACGACAACAAAACUGACGAAUAAAUUAUCAUUUAAAGAUAAACAAAAUGAUGAAAAUCGAAUGAAUCAUUUUAAACAAAAAAAUAAUAAAAUUGAUUAUAUUGAAGAUGAGAUGGAUGAUUUUGAUUUUUUCCAUCAUCAUCAUAAGGAUAAUGGUGGUAAUUCAAUGGGUGAUCAUCAAUCAAUCAACCAUUUGUCACUAAUGGAUGAUCAUCAUAAAAUAUCAACAAAACAAAGACCAUCACAACUGCCAAUUUUACAAUCAUCAAAUCCGUUAAUUGCAUCACAACAGCCAUCAUUGUUUGAUGAUAUACAAAUGCUUUCAUUAUUUCAACAGCUUUGGUUUUUUACCAUCGAUCGUGAAACAGCUGAACAAUUAUUACGACAGCCAUGUAAUCCGGAUGGUUGUUUCCUAGUGCGGCCAUCAUCCACUGAGAAUAAAUGUCUUACAUUAUCAUUAUUGUGCAAAAACCGAAAUAAUCAACGAUCAUCGCCAUUGGAAGUAAAACAUUAUCUGAUUCAAAGAGAAAAAUCUUUGAAAACAUUAUCAGAUUCUACCGAGUCAUCACUGUCUUCGGAUUCAUCAUCUUUAAAUUAUGAUGAUGAUGAUGACGAUGGUGAUGAUGAUCAAUUUGUUUAUUUUAUAAGAUCACAAGAAAAAUUUUCAUCCAUAGAAUUAUUAAUUGAAUAUUAUCGAAAAAAUUCUGGCCAUCUAAUUACCCGAUUGACCGAUGUGCCUUGUCGUGCUAAUUUUAUAUGGCAAAAAAGUUCAAUGAUUUUACAAUAUCAACAACAACUACAGCAACAACAACAAAAUAAUUGUAGAGUAUCAUCGAUCAAUAAUCGUUCAAAUUCUUUUCAUCAAAAACCACAAUCAUCAUCAACAUCGUGUAAACGAUUUACAAAUGAUUUGACACGUGAUAAAUCCUGGGAAAUUAAAGUGACCGAUUUACAAUUACUGGAAGAACUUGGUUCCGGACAAUUUGGUGUAGUACGUCAUGGAAAAUGGAAAGGAAAAUAUGAUGUUGCCGUUAAAUUAAUGAAAGAAGGUACAAUGUCUGAACGGGAUUUCAUCGAAGAGGCUAAAGUGAUGACAAAAUUACUGCAUCCAAAUCUAGUUAAAUUACAUGGCAUUUGUAUUGAACAUCGUCCAAUUUGUAUUGUUGCUGAAUUUAUGAAACAUAGUUCACUUUUAUCAUUUUUACGUAAAAAUGAACAAAAAAUUCUUGAUUCACCACAACGUAUACGAUUUCUGUUGAACAUGUGCAUACAGGUGUCAAGUGGUAUGGCAUAUUUAGAAAGCCAUAAUUAUAUUCAUCGUGAUUUAGCUGCCAGAAAUUGUCUAGUCGGCAAUGGAAAUAUAGUAAAAGUAGCGGAUUUUGGUUUAACACGUUAUGUGAUUGAUGAUGAAUAUACAUCAUCCGGUGGUACUAAAUUUCCAAUUCGUUGGGCACCACCAGAAGUUUUAUGGUUCACACGAUUUAGCUCUAAAUCCGAUGUUUGGGCAUACGGUAUAUUGACUUGGGAGGUAUUCAGUUUGGGUAAACUUCCAUAUGGAAAAUUGACCAAUGCUGAAGUUGUGGAAAAAAUUCGUGAAGGACAUCGUUUAGACAAGCCAAAACAAUGGUGUCCAUGUGAAAUAUUUCAAAUAAUGAAAAUGUGUUGGCAAGAAUUACCGGAAAAACGUCCAUCAUUUCAGAAGAUUGAACAAUGUUUAUUACGAUUAAAAGAUCGUGAUCUAGAUAAACAAAUUAUUAUUGCAACGAUUGGCAACAACAACAACAUUGGUACUGCUGCUGCUCUAACAACGACGACGACGACGACAACAUCGCAAGUCAAUGCUGCCGGUCCUAGUAGCAAUAUGAAUCGAAAACAAUUUUGAUCUCUUGAUUUUUUUUUCUUCAAAAAUUUAUUUUAAAAAAAUUCACAUUUUAAUUUAGAAUCAUCAUUCAUUGAAAACAUCAAAAGAUUGUUGAAGAUUGAUUGGUUAUUCUUCUUCUUCUUCUUCGAAUCUUCUUGAGCCUGUUGCACAUUUUGUGACAACAAUUCAUUAAUUUGUUGCAAAAUUCGUUCAACUCUAUCAAUAUUCAUUACAAAUAAUCGAUAAAUAUUGCAAACUUGACCACCACGUGGAUUUAAAUCUUGAAAUUGUUGUAUAGCCAAACUAAUCUGGAUACGUCUACGAUUAAUUCUUUCCAUGUUUUCAAUACAUUCAUUCAAUGUACGACGUUCGGCUGCGUUCAAUGUUCUAUUUAUAUAAAUGGUUUCAAUCAAUCUAUUCAAUACUCUGCCAAUAUUAGUGACAUCGCCAAAUAAUGGACACAUUUCUCUUAAAAUGAGAAAUUCAAGCAUUUUUUCUGAUUGGAUAAUGAAAAAUAACGCUAUUCAAAAA